AACCCUACACCAUUUCGGACAAAUGGCUGUCCAGUCUCUUCUUAAAAACUUCCAGUGUUGGAGCAUUUACUGCUUCUGGAGGCAGGAAAUAGGAAAGUAAUGAGGGCUACAUAGAAUAAAUAAAGACAUCAUAUAGUCUUUGCAGAGGGAUGUGCACUGCAUUCUAGAUAGUGUUGAAGGAGAUGAAUGAUCAUAACUGGAAAGUAUUUAUAACACUGACGUAUUAGUGUGAUAAAGUACUAGCAAAGAAAUGGUUACUUUCCACAAUACUCUAGCCUGGAUGAUAAGAGAUUUUUCUUGGGUGCCUUAAGAAUGGAGACCUAGCAAUAAUAUCAAAGCUUUUGGGGGGGGGGAGCCAAUUGGAGGGUAUGGAGCCAGAAUUGGCUGGCUUGCCUUUUCCUUCUGAAGUGAUGCACGUACACUUGUGGGAAAAGUUAAGUGUUCAGGAAAAGCGGCAGUUCUGCAGAUGAGGGCGUGCGAGCAGAUGUGACUUUUGCUCCCGUCUCCCGCCAAUAGUCUUAUUCUAAAUGGAAAAUCCUCUCAAUCAAUACCGUCAGGCAGCUAUGGGAUAAUGGAAGCAAAAUGAGUUAGUGCGAAUGGGGCUUUUGCGUUACUUGGGUUAACAAUGCUUCUGCCCCAUGAUAGCCAGGGGGCUGCUGAGUCCCAUAGGAGUGGAUAUUUAUUUUCAUCAACAAACUAUGGCAGAGCAGAGGAAUUUUGGACGUACUGGACAUUGAAUGGGGCUACUGCUACUGCUGCUUCUCUAGCCAGCAAGCUGGACUGGAACCUGGUGGCUUGAUGGUUUUGAUCACAGAAUUAACUCUCUAAUCUCUGAAGCAACCCACACCGGAUAAGAAGCGAAAGGAGUGGAAACAGAACAUCCCUCACGGUGACACAAACUAAGGCAAUGUCAUCACUCUUGAAGGAGGAUCUCAACAAGAAGCUAUUCAAAUCUCUAGGGCAAAACUUGUAUGGAUUCAUUGAAAUUGAGUGUUCAGGUCAAGAUCGGUUUUAUCUCUGUGCUUCAGUGUCAAAAGGUGAAGAAGUACAAAUAUCUGUGGUGAAACACUACAGAACUGGCCUUGAUGAGAACUAUGAAAUAUCUCAAAAAUGGCUUCUAGAUGAUCUGGAGAUGAUAGAUGGAAAAGAGGCGGAUGCUGAUAAUCCAUGGUUUGAUAUGCAUUUCAAGCAAGUUUACACUUGGGAAGCUUACAGCUGUGCAUCUAAAUACUCCUUUGCAAGAAUAUUAAACAAACUGAAUGAAAUGUACCUGCAAAAGGAUCUGAAGAUUGUGAACUUUGAUUUUACCUACAUUAAUGAUGAAGCACUCUGGUCAUCUAAUAAUGGGGAUUGCUUAGUACUUAUGAGAAUCUGCUUUUAUGCAUUCAAUCUUGUAUGUCUUUCUUUAUGUCCUCUGCCAGGUUGACUGUUAUGGCUACAUCCAGUUUUGAAUAAGGCUACCAAAAAGCUAGAUAUUCAGUACUGUAACAGGGUUUCAAUUUUCAUAACAUUUUUUAGCCAAUUGUUCUUUCAGUCUUAAUAAUAUGUUUAAGUACCAACAUUCUGGUAUGCAUUACUUUUAUAUAUUAUUUCCCAACUUUCCAAUAGAAGUCCAAAAGAUUUGCACGAAGUAUAUCAGUCCUCUGUAACUAUACAUGCAAUGAAUUUCUAUGGAGUUUAAUUGCCUUUGCAAUAAUUUUCCGUGGACUUUCAAAUAAAAACAUUUCUGCUGCCUUUGGUCCAAUGAUUCUGCAGCAAGCCAUGAUGAUGCAGAAACUAUACAGUAUAUGCAUAGUGAUGUCAGGAAACAAAAUAUGGCCUUGCAUACUUGCAUCUCAGCUUCUGGUGUAAGCAAGCAACUCACACUAUUUGCAUCAUGAAAUCAUGGCAUGCAUUUCAUCACCCCCAAUGACUGAUGCUUUGGUUUUUGAAAGAACCAAAAUUUAAUGCCUAUGCAUACUCCUCUUUGGGAGAACUGGCAUAUGCAAGCUUGCAUAAUUUCUGACGUACCAGGCAGAACUUUGUUCUUCAUUCUUCACUAAGGCUGAACAUUUUUUUUUUUUUUUGUUCCCCAUCUGAUGCUCAAACUGUUAGGUUUGGCUUGCUUGAAAAUCCCAAACUAUGAUUGCUGAAUUGUGUUCAGAUUGCACGUUAUCAGCUUUAUAUGCUUACAUUAUAAAAAGAAUUGUGAAUGCUAAACUCUAGGUGCUGCAAAUGGUUUCUCUCUAUUUGCAUUUGAAUUAGCCAGGGUGCAGCUUACCAAUUUUAAAUUGUAAACUUCUUAACACAAUGACAUGUAAGCGUUUUGUGUUAUUUUACAAAACUUUUUUCUACAGUGAAACUA